ACUUACUAGGUACUCUAUUAUUACUCUUACUCUUACUAUUUUCGUCACUUACAUCACCUUCUCAUCUCUUCUUCGACUUUAGAAUAAAAAUAAAAAUAAGAAAACAAGACCCCGGCUAGCCCGGACGUCCGUCUGAUCGUCUCAAAAGUUUCUUUUUCUUUUUACCCUCUUUUUCCUUCCCCGUCUUCCUAUUCUCUUUUCCAUUCUUGAACAUAACGGUACCUCGAAGUAUUUUAAUAUUAUUUUUAUUUUUUAUUUUAUUAUUAUUUUGUCAUUACUUCUACUUCCACUUCUAUCUAUUUCAUUUCCUAUUACAUCUUACCUUACUUAUUUUAUCUUAACUUGUUUUAUUUUUAUAUUCCUCUUUCCCUGCUAUUACUUUUUUCCCUCCUCUCACCCCACCCCCCACCAUAAAACCUGGAAGCUCUUCUCUUAUACCAUCCCUUUUCCACAUUGGAAACUCUCGGAAGAGUUUACUGGUUAAGGGGCCCGCCAUGCUGCCUUCGCCUUCGGCCGGCCUUAGUAACAUACCGCCCCCAUCAACGGCCGCUGUCACGGGCUCAACCACCAUUACUAGUACCAUUACCUCAGCUCCUCCCGUACCUGUACCUGGUCCUGGCCCUGCAGCACCGACAGGGGCAACAGGGGCAACAUUGAAGCGACCAGCUGCAGCCGACCUGCAGCGCAGUGCCGGUACAAGCGCCACUCCUUCAAAAAGGCAAGCAACAUCCAGUACCAGAACGAACCCGAUCCCGAAUCCAAGUCCCUUGGCUGCUGCUUCUGCCGCCGCCGCCGCCGCCUCUUCAUCUUCAGUUUCGGCCACUCCGACUACGACCGCAACCCAAUCCUAUCUUCAACCUCACGCUGUCAUGUCCCUACCCGCCGUCAUCACCGAAGAGCAGCUCCUAGGCAGGUCUCCCGAACAAUUGAUCGCCACCAUUCUACAGAUUCAGAUGCAACAUCAACACUAUGUCGCCCAUAUCUCCUCUCAAUUCGACGCUAUCAGCCAGCAGCUAAAUGACCUCCGUGGAAGCUUAGUAGCUUCCCAUCAUGCUGCAGCAUCCGCAUUUACUUCUCGAGACCCCUCCGUGCGUCCCAUCAUCCCUCCGCCACCGCAGCAGCAGUCGGUUACUCCGUAUUCUCGGGGACCGCCGGUUCCUAUUCAAACGCCAAGCCGCCCUGCCAGACCUCCCCCGGCUUCCCCUUCUACUUCUUCCCAGGCUGUUCAGCCCAGACCAUCUGCACAAACACCGCAAUCCGCGGGGCCACCUCAAUACAAAUACGGAACUGUCUCCUCGGUGGAGGAGGUUUGGAGGGAAUACCGUGAAGGAAUGGACGGUCAGCCUGCUAUCGAAGAUUUGGACGCUACUUGGGGCUCGCGGUGGCGGCCUGAGCCACGGGGUCGCACGUGGUAUUCGAGAAGAAAAGUCAUAUGGGAUAAGAUCAAGGAAUUCAUGGCCGAGGGCUUGGACGAAGACGACGCAGUGAGAGAGGUGGAGAAGCUACGCGACGGCAACACGAUCAACAAACUAAUUCGGAUGCUUCAGGACGAACGAAAGGAGAAGGGGUUGGGGGACGAGGGCCUGGCUGCUUAGGACAGCUGCAAACUACUUGAUUCGGGACCGGCGUUAUUUGGAGAGCGGUAUGAUACCACACGUCAUAUAUGAAAGGCUGCAUUUACGGGUCUAGUCGCGAAGGGGCUGCGGCAACGGAAUU